AUGUUCUCGAAAAGAAAAGUAGUCAAACGGAACAUUCGGAAGGUUACUGGGGAUGACAACUCCAAUUUGAAUGACUCCCCCAAUGAUGAGGAAAAGGAAAAUUAUACACAGGAAGAAACUACAGUGGAGAAGAGAAUAACCGAAGUAUGCGUCGACAAAAGUGAGAUUGUAGUACCGCCACCCCCCGAAGAGGCAUCUGCAACCCAGGACAACAACAUCAGUAUAAGAGAAAUACCGGAUGAGGAAAAAUGUGAAGAAGGACAUGGGAGGGGUACUGAGAAGGGAGAAAGUACUGAUCAAAUGGACAGGAGGAAAGGAUCGGAUGCGCUUACCGAAGAGGCAAUCACCAAGAAGGGAAAAGUUAGCAGAAAGGAGAAGAAGAAAAAUGAAGAGACAAAGAAGGUUAAUAGAAUGAACACGAGCUUCCAUAUCUACAGUGAUGAUGAAGACGAUUGUUAUGUAGCCAUUAGGAGGAGGAAGACUGUACAGAGGAACAUCCAGAGUGGAUCCAUCCAGAUGGAGGAUUCACCCGACACGUUGAAAGCAACCAGGGAGAUAGAGACCAAACCCGUCGAAAAUCACACUGAACAAAUGGAAAAACUCCAAGGAGGGUUUUCCUCACGAGAAUUUUUCAUUCGAAGGUAUGGGGUAGAUCUACACGAAGGUCGUGUCAAUCAGACAGGACAAGAAGAGUUACUUAAGGAUGAGGAAGGAAAUAAUCCUUCAUGUGCCAGUGGGGGGAAAACAAAAAUACUAACAUAUUCAACAAAGAGGAACGAAAGUACAUCGACGGAAAAAAACUUUUUUGUGUGCUACCCUGAAGAAGACCGCUAUGGAGAUAGCCCUAUCGAGAUGAACAGCCUGGGUGAAGACAUGAUCGAACAUAGAUAUCGGCACAAUCAGAGAGAAGAUCACCAAACGGGUGGGAGAUACCCACAUGUAGCUCUCCAUCAAGACGAAGAAGCUACAAAGGAAGAAGAGGAGUACCAAGACGAGGAGGAAAAGAAACUCAUCGAAAGGAUAAAAUUGAAAAAACAAAUCUUACGAAAAAAAAAAACACUCAGUGAUAUGUACAGCUACCAACUGGAGGAAGACGAUGAAGGAGAGGAUCCUGUCGGUAUUGACUGCUCCCUGAGGAUGACUGCACACCAAUUUCAGGGGAAGAAGAAAAUUACAACACCUUGGGAGGAACGCCAUCUACGGGAAGAGGAGGAUGAUAUACCGAUCGAAGACGACUUGGACGUGGACGAUAUUUACAACUACGAAUCCUUGAAUGAAAUGAAAAACAGGCUUAUAAUAAAAAAAAACAAAAAUAACGAGAUAGACAGUUUUUAUGACAUGGUAGGGGGAAUAUCAACUGAGCGAAAUCCCCACCAAAUUCCUACCUCCACGAAGGAAUAUAUAAAACAAAUGCACGAGGAUGAAGUGAUCAAAAAAAUUGUGGACACAGAAAUUAUGUCGCAGUUGAAAAAGGAGAAGAGGGAUUUCCACCAAGGGAUCAUCUCCCCCGAUGAGGAUGACACAAGCGAUCCAUUUUCCGAUGGAUUAACAAAAAAAAAAUGUGAAAACUCAGGUAGGCUAAAUUUGAAAAAGGAAUCUUUCCAUGGUGAUCGUCUGAUUGGGUCCCAUUCAGACUUUCCCACUCGGAAUGAAGCAGAUAGUUGGCAAGUAAAUGGAUCACACAAAGUGGAAAAUGCGGAAAAUGCGGAAAACGCGGAUAACGAGGAAAGAACGCAAUAUGGUGAAGAAAAAGGAAAAACAAGUGAGAAAAACGCAAACCAUGUAAACCACAUGGAUGAAGAGGACUGGCGAAGUAGCGCCCAAAGCAACGACCGACUUUACCAACAGGAAAAUGAAGCUCUUUUCAGUGAGAUCAAAAAAACGUUUAAAAAAUACUCCGUGUGUAACACACAAAUUGUUGAAAUGUACGAACAUAUUCGAGAUCUUUUUGAGGAAUACAAAUGCCGGAAGGAUCAAUCAGGACAAGUAAAAAGUUUAGAAAAAAAUUAUCAGAACAAGUACACCGAAUUGGAGGAGAUCAAAAAAAAGAUGACAAAGGAAAUUGUUACCUGUACAAGCUUCUUUAGAUAUUUCUAUCACCUCAUGAGGCUCAUCAAGGCGAAGAGUAAUUUGUUAGACAACGCACUAGCAGAGUCCUUCGAAAUUGAUGUAACCUUUUUUAUCGUCUACCAAAAUCUCAAGUUAUACCUUUAUAGGAAAUACUACGAAAAUUACAAACUCAUUUUUAUCAAGGAUUAUAUUUACAACGCCAAAUAUUACAAACAGAAAAAGGAUGGGGACAAGAACGAGUUAGUGAAACAGUUGGUAACCAAUGGAAUUGUUUCGAACUGCCAAUUUAUCCAUGACGCCGCACUCUUUAGCGAGCAUCUUAUCAAUGAGGUGAAACAACACAAUGAAUUCAACGACACCUGUGUGCACUACAUGUUCGAUGGAUUUUCUAGCAAUUAUUCCACUGAUUCUUCGGCUUCUUCCGAUUGGGAGAAACCUAAAAACGCUACAAUGAAAAAUGACCAAGCCAUUGGAGAUAAAAGGAAGAAGCGGAAGGAAGAGAAGAAAAAGUACUUCCAAACAUUCAAGAUGAAAAUAUUGAAGAGGAAAUAUCUCAUAGCCAUUGAAAACAUUUUCAAAGAUGUUCACCCCCAUUUUAUCAAUUUUAAAAAUGCUAUAAAAUAUUUUUAUCUGCUUAAAUUACACAACGAAGAUUUUUACGUAACACACAAUUACAUGUCCUUAUUCGAUUCUAUUUUAUUUUUUUUUGCAAAAUAUGAAUUGCUCUUUUGGGAUCCUCUCUACCAAUUUUAUCAAACCAGAACAAAAAAAAGGAAGCUACUUUCCUUGUUGGAGGAUAAAAUUGAGGGGAGCCACUCGGAGCAAAUACAUGCUAUCUUUGUGCAGCUGUACAGAAAUGAAGAUUUCGUCAAUGCAAAUAACGUUCCUAGGGGAAAAAAACAAUUUCCAUCCCCUGUGCUGAAUUGGACAUAUGGAGAUGAUACCGUCAAUUCGUCGAAGGGGGUGGACGAAGCGCCUUCCUCUGUGGACCCCUUCCAAGGGGAAUCAUCCACCGAAAAUGACAUCGAGAGCAGCACAGACUCGUCCGAAUCGGACGACGCGUUUUCUUUCACCAGUUCGAGCACCCCUGAGGGGGGAGGAGUUUCAACGGUGGGUGAAUCGCCAAUGUGGGAGAAAUCGCCAAUUGAGGAAAAAACGUCAAUAGAAAAAAAAACGUCAGUAGAGGAAAAACAGCCAAUCGGGGAAAAACCCCCCCUGGAGAAAAAAAAAAAAAAAUACAAACCCGCGAAGAAGCACUUCCAUAACAACCCCAGCGUAAGAAGCUUCGAGUGGUACAAAUUUAUGGACGAGCUCAUGUACAUCUACCAAGUGGACGACGAAAAGGAGAUCCUGAAAAAGUUGUACGACAAAAUUUUUAACAAUAAGGUGCAUGAAUUAGUGGAGGCAUGGAACCCCCUAUCCUUGAAGCAAAGCUACAAUUUGUGCGUUAUCCUGGCGGAGUACCUCCUCUACAAUCAGGACCGCAGAGAGGUUACCAACAUGGUCAAAGAAAAGAUAAACAGUUGUGUAAUUACAUUUUUCGAAGGCUAUAUAAAUAUAAGUAGCCAAAAAAAAAAAGACAUCUUCCUAAUGAGGUGUUUAAAGAUAUUAAAAAGUGUCAGGGGCAUCUUUUGCUUACUGGGUGAUGAUACCCUGCACGAUUUUGUUAAAAAAAUAUUUUACAACUUUGUCCUCACAAAUUAUGAUUAUUCCAGUAAAUUACACAACUUGAUUGUGUCAGCGGUGGUGCACAUUAUCCUCUCUCUGGGUGUUCCAGAGGAGAGCAAAUUUUUCGAAGACAUUUCCAGUGUGUUGUGUGGGAUCAAGGAUAGGCUACGCUCGGGUGAUUUCGACUACGGGAAGUUCAAGGUGGAAAAUUAG